AUGUUUCGACCGGAAUAUAAGAUGAACACUGAAAGUACUGAAUCCGUUCUGUAUUUUCUCUGGUGAUGAUGAGACAAAAUGGCGCCAUUGGAGUCACUGGAGAAAGAGUAUCCACUCAUUGACUCUAAUUUUCAAAGCUUCUGCGCCUCCCACGGCAUUUUCUCUGUUGAAGAUUUUCUUCUGCACGAUCUCGACGCAUUACUUUCCUUUACGGAUAAUCAUUCCACUUCACAGACCCUGAAGCAGGGAAUUGACCAGCUGAUCUCAAUAAUAGACGCUCUUCAUCCACCAUUGCUAAACGGUUUGCAGCUCUUGGAAGAUGCUCAGCGUAAUAAACAUGUUUUGUCCACUGGAUGUGAAGGGAUUGAUGCAUUGCUCAGAGGUGGAUUACGUGAAGGGCAAUUAACUGAACUUGUUGGGUCAUCCUCGUCUGGAAAGACACAGGCAUGCCUACUGUCUGCCUCAACUGUUGUUGCGAAGCAUAAGAGUUCAGUUAUAUACUUAGAUACAGGCAACUCCUUUUCACCUCAACGUAUUGCACAUUUUGUUGGUCAGUCUUCUGGCCAUAUUUUUGGCAAUCAGGCUGAUCAUAUGCUCAAAAAAGUAUUGGACAGGAUAAUUUGCUACUCAGUGUUUGACGUCUAUCAUAUGUUUGAUGUGCUGCAUCAACUGAAGAUUAAUUUAAGAUCUGAGAUUGUGAAAUCAAAUCAGCAUGUUCGAUUGCUUAUUGUUGAUUCAAUCUCUUCACUGAUUACCCCCAUCCUUGGGGGCAGUGGUCCUCAGGGACAUGCUUUAAUGAUAUCUGCUGGGUUUUUACUGAAGAAGUUAGCACAUGAGCAUAAUAUUGCAGUAUUGGUAACGAAUCAUGUGGUGGGUGGAGAUGAUGGUAUUUCCAAACCAGCAAUGGGAGAGAGUUGGAAGAGUGUCCCACAUGUACGAAUUUUGCUUUCUCGUGAUUGUGGAAGCAAUGUCUGCGAUAUUUCAAUACUAAAACAUCCAUCUAUGGUAUGCCACUUGAUCAGAAAAUUUCUAUAUGAUGUUGUCUACGUUAGUUAAUGUCAUGUUAUUUUAUGAGCUGUUAUUUAUGGGUAUUUUACUCUUCAUUUACCUGGAUCGCAUUCUACUCCGCCACCAUUUCCCCCCUUGGGAGUUUGAUUCCCUCUACAUCUCUAUCAUUGAUAGGGUUAUUAUUAUUAUUAUUUGGAGUUGAACCUCUGGAAAUUAACCAGUCUGAAUUUAUUGUUC